AUGACGAGCUCCGAAGGGCAGGCCGAUUCGGCCAUCGAUAAGCGGGACUUCGAUGCGAACCGGCCCCUGCUUCAAGACGGAACUGAGGGUGAACAUGGACAGCCGAGUCCGCAAUACAGACAUUCGCGAUCGGGCUCGCAUCGCUCUCGACUUUCGCGUGACAGUGCCAAUAGCGAUGAUGGGCUCUUGAACGAUGUUGUGGAGGGUAUUGUCGAGCGUGACCGUAGGAUUAUGCACAGGGAGGUUGUGCGGGUGGUUAGCUUUGCUUGGGGAGUCGUGACAUGUCUGGGCGCGGGAAGCAUCACCGCGUUCUCUCUUUACGGACAUCUACUGCUCACGCGACUUCAUUACACACAACUUCGGGUUAAUGCGGUUUCCAUCGCGGCUGAGGUAGCGAUGUACCUUCUCGUCCCGUUGUUCGGGUUCCUAUGCGAUCGCUACAGCCCGUCACCCUUGUCCUUGGGCUCGGGCAUCAUGUUCGGUGUCGGAUACCUGCUUGCUGCAUUCACUUACAAGAAAGGCCCCCCUCCUGAUGUCGGGGGCUCAGGGUGGCCAUUCUGGGUCAUGCUCUUGGCUUUCAUUCUUAUCGGCAUGGGGACAAGUUGCAUGUAUCUUUCUGCUGUAGCGACGUGCGCAAAGAACUAUGGUCGUGGAAAGCAUAAGGGAAUAAUGCUGGCUAUUCCUAUCGCAGCAUUUGGACUGAGUGGAAUGUGGCAGAGUCAGAUUGGUACUUAUAUUCUCUAUGAGCACAAUGCUGAUGGCAGUCAUGGCGAUGUGGAUGUGUUCCGCUACUUCCUUUUCCUGGGAAUUCUUCUCCUGGUGACCGGUUUCAUCGGAACUUUCCUUCUACGUAUUGUUGAUGAAGAGGAGGAAAGAUACAUUGAUGAGACUGUCGAAGAGCUGGAGCGGAGUGGGCUACUGGAGGAGAGUGACUUUUUCAGGCCUCGUCAUGAAGUGAGGGCUGCUUCGGAAUACGGCACAUUCUCUUCAGAUGCCGAUGAGACGGGCUCAAUGACAAUUUCAGAGGAAGAACGAGAGGAAAGAAAACGCGAGGAAGAAGAGCGCCGCAAAAAGAACUGGCUUCUUAAUUACGAGACGCGCGCUUUUCUUCAGGAUCCCACCAUGUGGUGGCUGGCUGCAGGGUUCUUCCUGGUCACGGGCCCUGGAGAAUCCUACAUUAACAAUCUCGGAACUAUCAUCCCAACGCUUACUCCGCCAACCUACGCCCCGGAAGCCGCUCCACCAGCUGGCCUUCCAUCAACACAUGUCAGCACAGUCGCCCUAACUUCAACAAUUGCUCGACUCCUCACUGGGUCUCUGUCUGACUUCUUCGCACCACCCGCAUUACAUCUCUUCCCUUCAAUCCCAGAAGGCAAUCGUCAUCGAUCGGAAAUUGCAUCAGACGACAAGCGCACAACGCUAUCGAGAAUGACCUUCCUCCUCCCAUCGGCACUCAUCCUCUCAAUCGGCUAUCUCAUACUAGCUACCCCACUCCCUCUCGAGCAACCAUCCAUAUUCCACCUAACCACCGCCUUUGUCGGUUUCGGAUACGGCAGUGCAUUCUCCCUCACGCCAAUUCUCAUCUCAGCCGUAUGGGGCGUGGAGAACUUUGCCACAAAUUGGGGCAUUGUUGCCAUGAUGCCGGCCCUCGGUGCGGCGCUUUGGGGCGUCGUCUACUCGACCGCCUACCAGCAAGCUGUAGAUAGUGGCAACGGAUCUGCCGACGGACAGUGUCAUGGCUGGCGCUGCUUUGGAAUCUGGGCGGUGGGUUGCACAGUCAGUGUUUGGAUUGCUAUUGCGGCUUGGUUAGCUGCCUGGCGAGGCUGGAAACGCCGCGGGAUUGUUGUUUAG